AUGGGCGUCAAGUGCCCCAGGAAGACGAACCGCUGGGUGCAUCUCGGAAACGUGCUUAAAUUCUUGAAGGAAAACCGUCGCAGGCUGAUGACGUACAUCGAGGAGGAUCGCCCCGAUAUGCUGCCGACUGACGCGUGGUGGACCGUGACCUAUGCUAUCGCACCAGGCAUCGACGCAAUCAACAUUGCGUUCGCCCUACUGCAGAACAGGUCGCUGCUGAUGGCGCAGCAGGAGAGCCACAUCAUGGCGCUUGUUGCCACGAUCAGCACCAUGUUCGACCUCGAACUGAUCGAUCCCGACGACGCUGUCGCUCCUUAG